AUGAUAAAAGCCUCAGAAUUUCUGCUUAGUUAAAAUUAAGCAUUAUUAGCCAAUUUUGAAUAGCUUGAAGUAUAAGUUAAUCAUGCAAAACCAUUGAUCUCAUUUAUGAAAGGUGAUCCAACUUUAUUUGGGCAUGACCAAUGCAAAAUGAGCCAGAUUGGUUAUGAUAUUGUUAAAUCUGAAAUUAGUAAAUCUUAAAAUCAUUCAUAUUGUCAUUCAACAGGAACUCAAGUAGUGUUCAUAUUAAAUAUAGCCUGCAAAAUAAGCUGUCGCAAAACAUUUUGGGCAUGGAAAAAACAUUACAGAAAAUGAUGUAAUAAUAACAUAAGGAGUGAAUUAAGGACUUUUUUAUUGUUUAUUGGGAAUAUGUGACCCUGGUUAAAAUAUCCUUGUUCCUGAAUUAGGAUUUCCAUUUUUUGAUGGAAUCGCCUAAGCAUAUUAAGUUGAGGUAUAAUAAUAGAUGACGUAUUAUUUUAGGUUAGAAAAUAUAAAUUAUAAUCAGAUAAUCAAUGGUAAAUUGAUUUUGAAGAUUUAAAGAACAAAUUAGAUGAAAACACUAAGUUCUUAUAUGUUAUUAAUCCUUCAAAUCCUUGUGGUUCUGUAUUCUCAAAAGAACAUGUUUAAGAAAUAAUUAAUUGGGCAAAUUAAAAUCGUAUUUUAAUAGUUGCUGAUGAAAUUUAUUAUGGAAUGUCUUUUGGAGAAUUUGUUUCAUUUGGAGAAUUAGCAGAUGAAGGACCUAUUAUUUGUUUAGGAGGAAUGGAUAAAAUGUUCUUUACUCCUGGAUGGUAAAUAUCAUGGAUGAUUUUCUAUGAUAAAAAUAAUUAUGCAGGUGAAAUUAAAUAAGCAAUGUUUAAUCUUUGUCAAUUGUUAUUACAUGCAAAUGUAUUUAUUAUGAAUUCUCUUCCAUAAAUUCUUGAUCACUUAACUAUUUUUUAUGCUAAAGAUAAAAUGAUUCAUUUCAAAGAAAAUCAUGAUUUUUUAAUUUAACAACUUAAUUAAAUAAGAGGAUUAAAGUGUGUACCAGCAUAAGGAACAUUUUAUUUAACUGUUCUUAUUGAUUUAGAUAUUUUUUAAGUAAAAAAUGACGUAGAAUUUGCUAAGAAAUUAUUGAAAGAGUAGAACAUAAUGCUACUGCCAUUAUCUUGGAAUGGAACUGAUAAGUAUUAAGGAUUUAGGUAAUGAUUAAUAAUUAUUAAAAGAAUGCUUACUAUUGCAACUAAAGAUAUUUAUAUCGAUAUGAUUGAAAGAAUGAAAGAGUUUGCCAGAGUUUGAAUUUAUUUUCAUUUAUAUACAAGGU